UCGGUCGUGCUGAUAGCUAUUAUAGUUGCUGUAGCUUUUGCGUGGUUAGUAAAUAAAAAAAGAAAAAAUCGAUUAUUUUGGAAAUAUGUAAUGGUCAUUCCUGGGCCAAAAGGUCUGCCUAUUAUAGGCACAGCCUACCAUUUAGAUUCAUCAGAGCAAAUUUUUCAAAGGGACAGAGCCCUAAGUAAGACCUACUUUCCCAUAUAUAAGAAAUACGCCUUUGGUAUGGCCAUGGUCAACUUGAUCGACCCAGGGGAUAUACAGCUUGUUUUGUCGAACUCAAAACAUAACCAGAAAAGUGUAGUUUAUCGGCUGUUCGAGGACUGGCUUGGAAUUGGAGUUUUGACAAGUAAUGGUGAUACAUGGCACAGAAGACGAAAAUUAUUGAACUCGGCCUUUCAAUUUAACAUGUUAGAAAAUUUUUUACACAUUUUUAAUAAAGAAACGAAACAGCUGGUCCAAUAUUUUAGAGAAAACUGUGAUAAACCAUAUAUCGAUGUAGUGGAUGCAAUCACCAGAUUCACUUUAUUUUCUAUCGGAGAAACAGCAUUUGGUCAGGAUUUCCAAGAAAAUCCUAAACGCGGGGACUACGUUCAAGCUGUUCAUGACUAUGGGGAGGCUUUUGUAUACAGAAUAGCUCGGCCUUGGUUUCUGAUACCGUGGUUGUAUAAACUAAGUCCUUCUGGUAAAAGACAUCAAAACGUUUUAAAAACUCUACACGAUUUUUCUUCAAGGGUGAUCAGAGAAAGAAGUAAGUCGUUUGAUUCCAACCCAAACUCAGAAAUGUAUAAGUCUAAGAAGAUGAGACUUAUAGAUUUGUUGUUGUCUGCUAAAAUUAAGCAGGGAGUCAUCGAUGAUAAAGGAAUUAAAAAUGAAGUGAAUACUUUUAUUUUUGCUGGACAUGAUACCACUGCUAACUCAAUUUGCCAUGCUUUGUUGCUAUUAGCUAAUGAGCCAAUAGUCCAGGAAAAAAUUUAUGAAGAAAUAAUUACUAUAGUCGGAAACACUGAUGAGCCCUCUUUCUCUCAACUGGCACAGCUUCCGUAUAUGGACAGGUGUUUAAAAGAAUGUUUGAGAAUAUUUCCAACUGCUCCAACCAUUUCUAGAGUGGCAGGAGAAGAUAUAACAACCACAACUGGAUACACUAUACCAAAGGGAUGCAACAUGCGUAUUAACAUUUUUGAUUUGCAUCGUCGACCAGAAUAUUGGGAAAAUCCAGAAAAGUUUGAUCCGGAUAGGUUUUUACUCGAAAAUGUUUCAAAAAGGCAUCCGUAUUCAUAUAUACCGUUUAGUGCUGGAGAUAGAAAUUGUAUAGGACAGAAAUAUGGCAAAUUGGAAAUGAAGGCUGCACUUUAUGGAAUCAUAAGAAGCUUCAGAAUGGAAGCAAUUACCAAACCAGCUGAUAUGCGGCACAAAGGGGAUAUCGUAUUGCGACCUGCUUGUGAAAUGAGAAUUAGGUUUAUACCAAGAGAUUAAAUUAUAUAAAAAUCUG